AUGAUAUUCAUGUACCUCGACGAUUGGCUAGUAGUGGGUCGUUCUCGAGGGGAGACGGAAGCGGCGCUCCAACUAACUUGGCACCUUGCUACCGACCUGGGAUUUCUCAUCAACACUAAGAAAUCCCACCCAGUCUCCUCUCAGGUUCCCACCUUUCUAGGUGCAUCCCUCGAUCUUCGCAGGGGACUGGCCCGUCCAUCGGAGGACCGCCUGCUGAACCUUCGGCAGUGCGUGUCCCUCUUCCUCCCGACGGUAGUGGCUCCGGCCCGAGCCUGGCUCAGGCUGUUGGGCCUUAUGGCCAGUCUGGUGGACUUACUGGAUUUUUGCAGGCUGAGGAUGAGGCCAAUUCACCUUCACCUGCUGUCUUUCUACAGACCCCGCUGGCACCCGAUCGACCAUCCGGUGCCCACUACGUCUUGGCUAGUCCCCCACCUUCGUUGGUGGCUAGUCGAGGCCAAUAUAAUGCAGGGCCGCGUUUUCCGCCCGCCCCGCCCGUCGGUACUUAUCACAACCGACGCGUCAGGGUACGGCUGGGGGGCUACCCUCCACCCGCGACAGGUCGCGGGCGUGUGGGGCCCCGCACAUCAAUCAUCCCACAUCAACAUCCUGGAAAUGCUGGCAGUCACCAACGCACUAAAACAUUUCCAGUCGGACGUCAGAGGGCAAGCAGUCCUGGUACGAUGCGACAACGCCACAGUGGUGGCAUACAUCAAUCACCAGGGUGGCACUCGGUCAGGCCAUCUGUGUGCACUAACGUGGGAUCUCACCCUCUGGUGCAUACAUCACGGGAUAGCACUGUCGGCAGUACACAUCCCGGGGGAAGAGAAUGUCACAGCCGACGCUCUCUCCGGAGGCUGGAUCGCCCCGACAGAGUGGUCACUGCUCCCACAGGUGGCUCAGUCGAUCUUCCGACUAAUCGACCGGCCGCAUGUGGACCUAUUCGCGUCGCGAAUGAAAAUCAGCUACAUGUACCGAUCUACUGCGCGAGGGACCCAGAUCCCAACGCGUGGCAGACCGAUGCACUGUCGGUGUGGUGGAACGGCCUACUGGCCUACGCCUUCCCACCCAUCUCCCUCGUUUCUCGAGUGCUGA